UCUUCGAAGGGCAUAAUGCCGAAUAGCAAAAUAUCCGCUGCCGCAUAAGACCACGAACGCUCACUUGAAGCACACCGCACGCCUUCAGCGGUAGCAUGAGAUAGGCCUAAGAAGUCGAAGCAGGAGCGUCUUGAAUUUGCGUAGGCAUAGCACUGGUGCGAAGGUCUUUGUAGACAAGAUGGUGGACUACGAUCCCAACGAGCCUUGGCCGCUUCCUAUACUGGCACAGUUCCUAAAAAUCCGGGAGAAUCGAGGCUAUCAUCAAAUAUACCCGAACGGGUUCGUAAGAGGUUAUGACUACGAAAUAGACCUUCCAAACAUCUUCUUCAAUGGCUGGACAGCUCGUGUUUUCAUGCGCAGGACGAAAUCACUACCGGCUGUUGGCGUGCACACUAUAUAUGACGAUAAGUACUUCUGCAAGACUGAAAUUCCUGCAAAUGGGACCGGCAUAUACACCAGCCAAAGGGGUGUUGAUGCACCUAAUGAUACGGCACUGGGCCCAGUAGCAAAGGCAGGAGACAUUUAUUCAAUGGGUAUUCGAAUAGUGAGCGACAAAUACUUCGUGAGUGUAGCAAACGAAGUAGCGGGCGCCUGGAUGAAUAUGAAGUCAGAAAUAAAAUCCUCUGACUAUAAAUUCAAAAUUUGGUCAAGAGAAGACGUUAUACUAUCAAUACAUAUGAGUGAAGAAAUAGAAAACAACUAUUACAGGCUGCCAUGGCACUACGACCUACCUUACUCUAGCCAACCUCCUGGCUCCAGCAUAAUUGCCCUCCUCGAGUGCGAAACACCGGAGCAAGAAACAAAGGUGUCUAUUGACACUGAGGGCAGCGGUACCAGUGGCUUAGAUUCUGUGAACUAUGGAAAAGUUGCUGCCCUUAAGAAAAUGCAGACGUUCUUUGUGUAUGCCCGGAACUUGCCGGAAGGCUACACGGUGGCCACAAGUUUCAGCCCUGAACCAAGAAAGAUACCCCAUAAGGCGGCAAGGAACAGUAUAUAUCUUUAUCGCCCCGAAAACUGCUCUACCCUACGUUUGACACAGUACAUUAUACUUGGUGCGGAGAUUUAGCGUUCAUUACUAAACAAAUACAACUAAACGUUAAACUUAAUUGAAUUCAUAUACUUCCGGUUUCUCUGCAAUAAACAUGCAUGAA